AUGAGGCUGGAUUAUAGCUACACGCCGCCUUCAGAGUCGGAGGACUAUGGUGAGAACUCAGCAGACAGUGGAUACAGCGAAACAGAAUUCGAUAUCAUGCUGGACCAAGCUGAGAUUGAUGCCGCGCGGGUUGUGUACCCUCCGCAGCCAGAGGUUGAGUUUGGCUUCCCGAAGGAAUGCUACUGUGGUGGCCAACCGGUUGUAGAGACGUCUUACACAAGAACUGAUCCUGGGAGAAGGUUUUACACCUGUGAGAACAGGGAUGACGGAGAUUGCCAUGUCUGGAAGUGGUGGAACGUCGCGGUGAUGGAGGAGAUUAGAGCUAUGUGUACACAGUGUGGCCUGCUGUCUCAAAAGGUAGAUUCUCUAUCAUUUGUUACUGACUACGAGUCACAUCUUAACCGGGUGAAAGAGCUACAUGAUGAGACUGAGCAAAAGCUCGAGAACAGUUGUGGUGAAUUAGGUAAAAAAAAAACUAGGUUGGGAAAAAGGGAUGAAUUCGUUGUAGGGGUUAUGGUUUUUCAAUUAGUGAUCAUAGCCAUUGUACUCAUGGUCAAGUAG